AGCGAGCACAAUCACGGCUCUCAGCACAGGGGAGCCCGACCCGGAGCCGGCUCGUGCGCUGAAUCAGUGUCGCGGUCCGCCCUCCGUCCCUCCCCAUCCCGUGGUCGCUUUAGUCCCCUGAAGUUUUGCAGCCGCCGAAGAGCCGGGGGGGCGGCGGCGGAGCGCCCAGAGGAGGGGGCGCGGAGAAGCCGAGCCAGCCAGCCGAGGAACGGGCAGGCGCCGGGUUGGGGGAGAGGCGACAACAUGGCUGGGGCAAUUAUCGAGAACAUGAGCACCAAGAAGCUGUGCAUCGUCGGGGGGAUUCUGCUCGUUUUCCAAGUCAUCGCCUUCCUGGUGGGGGGCUUGAUCGCCCCCGGCCCCACCACGGCUGUGUCCUACAUGUCCGUGAAGUGCGUCGACUCCAAGAAGGUGCAUCACAAGUCCAAGUGGUUCAUGCCUUGGGGCUCCAACCAGUGUGACAAGAUCCGGGACUUCGAGGAGGCGCCCCCCAAGAGGAUCGAGGCCAACGACAUCGUGUUUGCCGUCCACGUGCCGCUGCCCGCCAUGGAGAUGAGCCCCUGGUUCCAGUUCAUGCUCUUCAUCCUGCAGCUGGACAUCGCGUUCAAGCUCAACAACCAGAUCAGAGACAAUGCAGAAGUUUCCCUUGAUGUCUCCUUGGCUUAUCGCGAUGAUGUGUUGGCCGAAUGGACAGAAAUGACCCACGAGAGAGUCCCCCGGAAACUCAAAUGCACCUUCACGUCCCCCAAGAUUCCAGAGCACGAGGGCCGUUACUACGAAUGCGAUGUCCUCCCUUUCAUGGAAAUCGGGACUGUGGCUCACAAGUAUUAUCUCUUCAACAUCCGGCUGCCGGUGAACGAGAAGAAGAAAAUCAACGUCGGCAUCGGGGAGAUCAAGGACAUCCGCUUGGUGGGCAUCCAUCAAAACGGAGGCUUCACCAAGGUGUGGUUUGCCAUGAAAACCUUCCUCACGCCCAGCAUCUUCAUCAUCAUGGUGUGGUACUGGCGCCGGAUCACCAUGAUGACGCGCCCUCCGGUCCUGCUGGAGAAGGUCAUCUUCGCCCUGGGGAUCUCCAUGACGUUCAUCAACGUCCCGGUGGAGUGGUUUUCCAUCGGCUUCGACUGGACCUGGAUGCUGCUCUUUGGGGACAUCCGGCAGGGCAUCUUCUACGCCAUGCUUCUUUCCUUCUGGAUUAUCUUCUGUGGUGAGCACAUGAUGAUGGCCUUCAUCAUCGUCGCCGGGAUCUGCCUCUGCCUCUAUUUCCUGUUCCUGUGUUUCAUGGUCUUCCAGGUGUUCCGGAACAUCAGCGGAAAGCAGUCAAGCCUGCCCGCCAUGAGCAAGGUUCGCCGGCUACACUAUGAGGGGCUGAUUUUCCGAUUCAAAUUCCUCAUGCUUGUCACCUUGGCCUGUGCCGCCAUGACGGUCAUCUUCUUCAUCGUUAGCCAGGUGACGGAAGGCCACUGGAAAUGGGGUGGCGUCACGGUCCAGGUGAACAGCGCCUUUUUCACAGGCAUCUACGGCAUGUGGAAUCUCUAUGUCUUUGCCUUGAUGUUCCUGUAUGCACCAUCUCACAAAAACUAUGGGGAAGACCCAUCCAAUGAUGGCGACCCAGAUGGGACCAGGACCUGGACUCCAGACAUGGGACCCUCAGGUGAGCCUCCAGGGAUGCCUGGAUCCCUCCCCAAGGGACUCUGA